AUGACACCACGUUUGCUUCAUGGAACACUUGAUGCAACAAUAUUCGAGGUUGACAGGCUGCAUUAUGGAUGUGGAUUCAAUUUAUUGAUGGUAAGGGGAUUUCGGAAGUUUGGGAAACGAUGUCUAGCCACAAUCAAAAGAUCAAUGUCUUGCCUAUCAGAGAGUGUUGUUGGUUCUAGACUCUAUGCGACAGUUGAUUUGGAUAAGGCAAGAGUUGCAAGGACCAGAAUGGUUGAAAAUCAACCUCACAAUCCCCGAUGGAACGAGUCCUUCCAUAUAUAUUGUGCCCAUUCAAUCUCAGAUAUUGUGUUCACAAUCAAAGAUGACAAUACUCUAGGGGCAACAUUGAUUGGAAGAGCUUAUCUUCCAAUUGAGGAGAUUGCUAGGGGGUAUAAAGUCGAUCGGUGGGUCGACAUACUAGAUGAAGAUCGCAAACCCAUAUCAGGAGGUUCUAAAGUCCAUGUCAAGCUUCAAUUCAUUGAUGUUAACCAAGACAGUAAUUGGUCUAAAGGCAUCAACAGUCUGCGAUACAAAGGCGUUCCUUACGCGUUCUUCAAUCAACGACAAGGUUGUCGAGUUACUUUAUAUCAAGAUGCUCAUGUUCCAUACAAUUUUUCCCCAAAGAUUUCUUUGACAGGAAAGUUUUAUGAAGCUCACAGAUGCUGGGAGGACAUCUUUGAUGCCAUCACUAAUGCAAAACACCUGAUUUACAUAACCGGAUGGUCUGUAUUUACUGAAAUAACUUUGAUAAGGGAUCCCAAUAGGCCGAAGGCAGGAGGUGAACUCACACUUGGGGAGCUUCUUAAGAAGAAGGCUGAAGAAGGUGUGACAGUUCUUAUGCUUGUUUGGGAUGAUCGAACUUCUGUCGAGGAAUUUAAGAAAGAUGGACUUAUGGCAACCCAUGAUGAAGAAACUGAAAGGUACUUCAGGAACUCAAAGGUGCAUUGCGUUUUAUGCCCUCGUAAUCCCGAUGAUGAAAGAAGCAUAACUCAGGGCUUUCAAGUCUCCACCAUGUUUACUCACCACCAGAAGUCAGUAGUUGUUGAUUCUGAAAUGCCUGGUAUUGUAUCACAAGAAAGGACGAUUGUGAGUUUCAUUGGAGGCAUUGAUCUUUGCGACGGGAGGUACGAUACACAGGACCAUCCCUUAUUCAAGACUUUGAACUCAGUCCAUCAUGAUGAUUUCCAUCAACCUAACUUUACAGGCUCCUCAAUUAAGAAAGGUGGUCCGAGAGAACCUUGGCAUGAUAUUCACUGCAAAUUAGAGGGUCCUGUAGCUUGGGAUGUCCUUUACAAUUUUGAGCAAAGGUGGAAAAAGCAAGUUGGGGAUAAAUUUAUAAUCUCACAACAGCAGCUUGAAGAAGUUACAGUCGGCCCAUCGCCAGCGUUGCAGCCAAACGAUACUGAAACAUGGAACGUUCAACUAUUCCGUUCUAUUGAUGAUGGAGCUGUUGUUGGCUUUCCCCAGGAACCUGACAAGGCAGCUGCUGUAGGCCUUGUUAGUGGGAAGGACAGCGUCAUAGAUCGAAGCAUUCAAGAUGCUUAUAUCAAUGCCAUUAGGAGGGCAAAGAACUUUAUCUACAUCGAAAAUCAGUAUUUCCUUGGAAGCUCAUUUGGCUGGAAAUCAACGGAUAUCAAUGUCCCGGAUAUCGCCGCCUUACAUCUUAUACCGAAGGAGCUAUCACUUAAGAUAGUCAGUAAGAUUGAGGCAGGAGAAAGGUUUGCUGUUUAUAUUGUGAUCCCAAUGUGGCCAGAAGGUAUACCUGAGAGUGGUUCUGUUCAAGCAAUAUUAGAUUGGCAGAGACGAACAAUGGACAUGAUGUAUUCUGAUAUUACUGAAGCUCUCAUGAAAAAAGGACUCUACACAGAUCCUAGGGAGUAUUUGACAUUUUUCUGUCUUGGAAACCGAGAGACAAUGAAGAUUGAAGAAUAUGUACCUCCAGAGACACCAGAGCUUGAUUCUGAUUAUAGUAGAGCUCAGCAGGCCCGUCGCUUCAUGAUUUAUGUUCAUGCAAAGAUGAUGAUAGUUGAUGAUGAGUACAUAAUCAUUGGAUCCGCAAACAUCAAUCAAAGAUCAAUGGAUGGUGCUAGAGAUUCUGAGAUUGCAAUGGGAGGGUACCAACCACAUCAUUUGGCAACUAGUCAGCCAGCAAGGGGUGAGAUAUAUGGAUUUCGAGUGGCACUAUGGUAUGAGCAUCUAGGACUGUUUGACCCUUCCUUCAAACACCCAGAAAAUGUUCAAUGUAUCCAGCAAGUGAAUCAAAUUGCUAGUCAGAACUGGGAGAAAUACGCUAGCGAAACUUUCGAUCACGAUCUGAUUUCUCACCUGCUUAGGUAUCCCAUUGAAGUUGCUAACACUGGAGUUGUUACAACUUUACCAGGAGGGAUUAAGCAUUUCCCUGACACCAAGGCAAAUGUCCUGGGCACCAAAUCUGACUACCUUCCUCCAAUCCUCACCACCUAG